AUGUUGUUAAAGGACUGCUGUUGGAUCGUAAAGCUUCACUCCCCCGGUGAUUAUGCGGAAACCCCAACGCGCGCCAAAUCUCCUCUGGUGCAGAACAUUAGUACUGCUAAAGUUCCGGUGGCCAUUCAUUCCCCUUUUACUGCCCCCGGUUUAUUAUUGGUAUUUGGUGUGGGCGACACUGGACAGCUCGGUUUGGGACCAGAUAUCACUGAACGAGGCAGACCUGCUCGCCAUGGUCAGGCUCAUUUGGAUUCGCUGAAUUUGUCGGAGUCCCAAGCAGAAACCUUUUUUACUCAGGUAUGCGCCGGUGGUAUGCACACCGUCGGUUUGACCACUGGUGGCCGUGUGGUCACUUGUGGUUGCAAUGACGAAGGUGCUUUGGGACGUAAAACCUCAUCAGAGUCGGAUUCGAUUUCCGAUCUAUCUCCCCCGGCAGCUAAAAGAGCUCAUGUGGACUCAAACGAAAACGUGGAACCUGAGGAAGUCGACAAAAUCGUCGAAGAAACUCGACUAGGAUUCGUCCCACUUCCGCGCAACGUACAAAUCACAAUGGUUUCAGCUGGUGAUAGUCACACCGCGGCUCUUGAUUCCAACGGACAAGUUUGGCUCUGGGGUACUUUCCGAGGUCCUAACGGUCCAAUUGGUCUCACAGAGGCUGGAGAAAUUAGCUCAACCCCCCGACGUCUCCUCGUUGGCUCUGCCGGAGUUCCACAGAAUGGCCCUGAAUCCCGAACAACAUCAACGACAAAUAGCACGCACCUAACCGCCGCUUCGCGCGUGGUGAAAAUAGCCUCUGGUCAGGAUCACCUAGUUUGUCUGACUGAUGAGGGCCGCCUGUAUACUAUGGGCUGCGGAGAACAGGGUCAAUUAGGUCGCAUUGCUGAACGCUUUGCUCGAACGGGUGGUCGAUCCGGAAUGAGUUCACUGUUACAACCCGCUGAGUGUCGUGUGCGUGGUGCGGUCCGAUUCUCAGACGCAUGGGCUGGAGGCUUUGCCACUUUUGCUCGUUGUCAGUCCACUGGACAGAUAUACGCAUGUGGAUUGAACAAUUACGGUCAGUUGGCCCUGUUAGGCCCAUCACGUUCAGCUCGUUCUAAUACCUCACAUGUUUCUAAUGGAGCGUCCGAUUUGCGCGAAGAAGGAGAGGAAGACACUGUUAUGGAGGAGGAGGACGUCGCCGAAGAAGACUCAUCGAUCGAUGCCGCUCGAGUCAUCACUGAUCGGAACGCCGCCGACAAAUCUGAAGCUUCUCUGAUUGCUCGUCAGGGACCACUAAUCCAAUUCAUGCUCACCCGGGCACGGGGGUUCGAUCCUGAUCGGGAUUGGAAACAGUUUGCUAUUAGCAUGCAUCACACAUUGGCGUUGGAUAAAACAGGUCACAUUUAUGCUGUCGGUCGACCGGAUUAUGGUCGGUUGGGUCUAGGAAGUACAGUGGCUGCGGCGAAUUUGUCCAUCUCCACACCAACCCGCGUGCAGGGCCUAUUGGCUAACCGAGUUUGCGUUUGGAUUGGAGUUGGCGAAUCCUGUUCCUACGCUGUGGAUUCUUCGGGAACAGCAUAUUCCUGGGGAAUGGGUAGCAAUCGUCAGCUGGGUCACGGAGAUGAUGAUGAUGCUCCGGAGCCAGGGGUUAUUGUCGGAAAGCAACUUCAGGAUCGUCGUGUUUCUAUGAUCGACGCCGGUGGGCAACAUGCUGUCCUUCUGGCACACUCUUCCAAAACCCUGGAUACCACCACACCUGUAGGAGAUGUGACCACCACGGAUAAUACACUCGGUCCCGAUUCCGCACCAAACAAUGAUUCUACUGAUCAGAAUAAAGGGAGCCGUGGCAACGAUUCAACCAUCCCCGAUGCUGGAGCAAACUUUUCUCCAUCGGAUGCUCUUCCACCCUGUCCUCCUCCACCUCCUCCAACCACGGAGUUGGUCGAGGUUGCGUCCAAAUUGGAUGAAUGUGCUAACUUAGUUGCCGAUUUGACUUCUGGACCCAUUCUGGUUGCCCCAGUCGGUGCUGGCGCCCGACGUGCCUGGCGCGUCAGUCCUAGUUCCGCGACAACUGCUUUAUUGGCCGGGGUUGAUAGUGCGGCACCUAGUACGGCCGGAGCCACGGUAAAUAGUAGCGUGCAUAGUUCCGCUAUCUCCGAUACCAGUUCAGUCGGCUCGUGUGCGUCAAACGCAAGCACUAGUAGUCAGCUAAACAGUGCGAAAAGUACCGAUGGUGGUGGAAGCAGCAGAUGUAGUUCCUUCGACACCUACAGCAUACAGAGCAGUUUGCCGUUGAUGGCUGCGGUAGAAGAUGCUUCUGGUCCGUCGUCGGGUUGUGUUGGUUCCGGUGUUGGUGGGUCGCGUAUGCUUGAUCCACUCAGUGCGUCACUUUUGGCCAAUACAAGACAAGUUGGAACGCUGAAUCGAAGCGGGAACAGCAACCUAAGUUUGACGAACUCGGCACGUGUUCGUUCAGCUGGAAUGAGUAUUUGCAGCACAAGCAGCGAGCCCGGAAUUCCAACUGAUACCAUUUCCCUCGGCUCGAUGACCGCUUCUCCAGCUGAUUUGAUGAGUGGUGAACAAUCCAACGGCUGA